AGAUGGCAGCGCAGGUGGUUCGUUCUCUAUGACGAUGGCAAGCUGAAUUAUUCUGUUGAUGAACACCCUGACACGAUCCCCCAGGGAUCCGUCGACAUGUGCCAAGUGCUGGAAGUGACCGGCGCCGAACAACUCACAGGCCACGCCCACUCCCUAGCCCUGACCAGUCCCGACCGCGUCACCUUCGUCAAGGCGGCUAGCCGAGAGGACGCCCGCUGGUGGGUGGACUGCCUCGCGGUGUUUCCGCGCCGGCACAAGCGCAACGCCACCUUCCCGGGGGGCAGGGCCUCGCCCAGCCUGCCCCAUUUGGGGCGGAGCGCCUCGCCGCAGCCGCCCCGACCGCGGCAUCUGAGUGUCACUGGGCCCAGUCCGCGGACGAACUUCGAGACGCCUCCGUUGCGCGAGAGGGAGGGCACUAAGGCGGAGGGGCGUGGCCGGGUGGGCGUCAGCGCGCCUAUCGAGACGCCUACUUGUGUCACGCCCCCUUCUUCUUUGUUGAGACCAGAUUAUUUGAUGAGUUCCGGGUCCCCGCCUACCCGCGACAAAUUGCGUGGGGGCGACAAGGCUCGCGUCAGGAGAGAUUGGAGAAACGAAAGACUCAGGGAUAUCGCGACAGCCCUCACUGACAGGUCACCGGAAUCGAGUCUGGCGCUGCCCGCCGAAGGUCUGUUGCACCUCAAAAAGGGUUGGCUGUGGAUGAAAACGUCCAACUCCGAUUGGGCGCGCCGUUGGAUAGUGCUCUGCUGCCCCACCACGCCCACCCUCCAGAUAUACCGGGACCAGGACGAGCAGAGCGCGCCCGAACUGAGCGUCGAGCUGUCCUCGGUGACGGACUGCGUCGAGGUGCCCACCGAGUCCAAGUACGGCUUCGAGGUCCGGUGGGCGGGGCCCACGUUGACAUUGAGCGCUUUGGCGCAGGGCAUCAGGUCCAACUGGUUACAGGCACUGAAGAAAGCAACACCAAUAAUGGAAAGUACGGUAACAGUAGAGAGUCCUAUUUCACCUUCGACACCUAGGUCAAUUUUAGCUUCCAGCGAUGAGGAGUAUAGAACAGCUUCUGAAGGAGGUCGAAGGGGCUCGGAGGACUGGACCGACCUGCCCGCCUCGCCGCGCCCGUCUGCGUUGGGACGGCUGAAGGAGCGCGGCGGGGGGCGGCCGAAGCCGCGCCUGCCUCGCGGGCACUCCCGGCAGUCGACCCUCGACAGCACCUCCACCGACGAAAUGGACUGCGCGAUCAGGGAGGGCGGCGCGAGGAGCGAGGAGGAGGAGGGGGAGGCGGAGGGGUUGAGGAGGAAGCUGAGCAAGGCCGAGGAGGGUGUGCGCCAGCUGGAGGAAGAGAUUGCAAGGUUGAAGAAAUUUCAAUCUGACGCAGCCAUUCGAGAGAAAAAAGCCAAGGAGAUGCUCGCCACACUGGAGAACGCCGAGUCGGCACUGAACCAAAGAAACUCCCAAAUAGAACUCGACUUUCUCAAGGAGCAGCGGGUGCUGCAACGACGGCUGGCGGAAGCCGAGGAAUCCGCUCGGCUGCACGAGGAGAAGUGCGACAUCUUGACCAGGGACCUGCUGGCCAAGCAGCGGGCGCUGUCGAGUCUGCAGGAGGAAAUGAACGGCUGCAACGACAGGCUGGCGCGGGAGCGCGAAGAGAACGACAAGCUGUACAAGCGGAUGCAGGAGUUGGAGGGGAAGUACAACUUCAAGAACGAGAUGUUCAACACGGAUUCUAUCGGAGAGCUGACUAACAUCAACUUGGACUUGGAUAUCGACGAUCUAAAUCAGAACGAGAUCCGGGAAUACUGUCUUGAUCUGAAAGGUCGAUUCGAGCGAGCCAUCGUGGAAAUCCGAGCCGUCAAGAAGGCGUUGAAAGAGUGCGAGGAGACCAGCGACAGAUUCGAGCUGGCCAACUUCAGCCUGACCGAAACUAUCGGUCUUUUGAACGGGGAGCACGAGCACGAAGUGAAGCUGCUCGUGCAGCGGCUCGAGCACAUGACGGCGAAGUCGGUGGCCGCUGAGCGACAGUUGAAGGUCAAGGCGAAGACGGAGGCGAAGGACAAGAGGCGGUCGCUGUCUCUCAAAGGUCGCGAGAGUGUCUCCAUCAACAAGGAGGUCGAAGACAAGGUGACCGAGCUGGAAGCGAAGAUCCUCGCGCUGGAGCGCGGCAAGUCGAAGCGGCGCUACAAGCGCGACAGGAGCAGCGAGCGCGCCUCCCCCAUCGACGACAAGCACCUGCGGCGGCUGCGGCGCAAAAGUCUCGACAGCGCCACCUCCUCCGAGCCGAUGAAGCUGCUCGUGCGGCUCAGCACGCUCGAGUCGAAGGUGACGAACGUCCACACUUCGAACGAGUCUCUGAACACGCUACACGGGAGCAUAUCGGAUUUGUCCAAGGCGAAAGACGAGCCGAAUUCGGACGGCAAGAGUAACCUCGAUGUGGACUAUUUGUUGUCUUGCGCCAAACUAAAAGUCGACGAAUGUUUGCAGAAUGUCGGUAUUCUGAAAAGUACGAAUAGAAGGCGGUCUUCCUCGCCCAGCAUUGACAGGUUGCUCUCCCUGGAGAACUCCCUGAACGAGCUUCUGGACAUCCUGAACAAGAGAGACUGUUCUCUAAGCGCCGCAGAAACUGACGUCAUCAACACCUCUGCCACCGCCGUAGUAAAACAACUCCAAACCCUGCUACUCGACAAGCUAACGAGCCUGGCCGAGAAGAAAAUGCACUUGCAAGAAAACCACCAGUGGGACGCGAACGCCCGACUGGAAAUGCUAGCCGAGAAAGUAGCCUACGAAAAUAUUCUAGUCAGCAGGAUACAGGAAGCGCUAUUAACAGCAGUAAACAGCGAAACCGUCUGCGAGAGGUUGAUCAACAAAGAGAUACGAGAGACUGCCUACUUAAUUAUAGGCUUGCAGCAGAAAGUGAACGGCACGAGCGAAAAAAACCCCUUACCUUGCAGGACCAGCGUGGAUUACCUGUCCAAAGUGCUGGCCAAGUGUCUGGUUUCGGCUUCCAGAGGCUUCAAAUCCUGCAGGAACUUCGUAGCGACGAAAGGGCCUUCGCUGGACCUCCUGCUAGAGGAGAAACAAAAACUAGACACUCUGCUAGCUAGCCAUAAAGCCCUCAAGUUACCACAGCUAGCCGAGUCUCUGGCCUCGGAAACGAUGAGCUUGACAUCUGACAGGUCCUGUCGUUUGAGAUCGUUGGCGUUGACAGACGAAACCUUGAACGAAUUCGGGAAGACGGCCAGACAAGUGGUCAACGCCGAGCUGAUCCGUUCGGAGAUCAACCACGUGCUGCACAGGGCGGCGCAGAUCUACCGGUCGAACGUCGACGAGGAUCACACGUUCUUCUUCGGCUUUUUCGCCUCGGAGAUGGCGGCGUUGGAAUUGUUCGCCGAUUCGGUGAACGAGGCGCUGUACGAGGAGAUCGAUAGGAGCGUGGCGGAGCUGACGGAUCUCUACCAGAAUUGUUUGAACAAGCUGUUGAAACAGAACUGGAGGUACAGGGUGGAAUUGGAGCGCACCCCCCAAUCGUCUGCCAACCUCCUGCGCGAGUACGCCGAAGUGGUGGCCCACAAGGCCCUCAUAGACGCCCGGAUAUCCGUCCUUGCAGGCAAGUUCUCCCCCACCACCACCACCACCGACAAUGUGGACGGGCGGGCAGACACUCUGGCCUCGUGGGCGGAGAACGAAGAGGGGUGGGCGCACCUGCGCGGUCAGACGGCGGUCGAUGAGCGGCUGGAGGCGGAGUUCGCUUGCAUGAUGGAGAGGUUCGGGCGGGAGUGUUACGCCUCGGUGGGGCAGCGAGAGAUGGAGGAGGUGGCAGGAUAUUUGGACGAGAUGGCGAGCAAGGUGAUGGAGUUGAGAGGGGGUUUUGAUGUGCCUUCUACCGAAGGGGAGGCGAUCAUUUUGAGGAGUUGGAGCGACAUCUGUCAGAAAUGCAUCAAGCUGAGGAACGAUCUAGAGGAGGUGCGAGUCUCUUUGGACAAACCAAACACGUUGAAAAGAUCGAAAUCGUCUGCGGACGCCAGGCCUGCCUACCUCGCCACCGAGUACCUGACGCAAGUGGAGCACCUGCGCGCUGCUUACAGGGGCGCGCAGGUCGUCUGCGGCGACCGGGCGGCCGUGGAGCGCCUGCAGCAGUUGGGCGAGCGCGUGCUGCAGGCCAUGGAGCAGUGGCACCGGCGGACGGUGCAAGAGAUGCGAGAAGCGCACGCGCAAGAGGUCGACCUGCUCAAACAGGAGAAAGACCAAGCGUUGGCCGAGGAGACGCAAGCCACGCUCGCCGCCCUCGACGCGAUGCGCAAAGCGCACGUGGCCGAGGUGCAGCGCGAAGUGGCCAAGUUCAAGCGCGAAUUCGCCCGGCAGCGGCGCGACACCGUCUCCGAGCUGUCGGACAGGCUGUCGGCCAAGUCGCUGGAGGCGGCGGCGCUCGACGAGCGGCUGGGCACUGCGACGAGACAGCUGGCGCACGCGCAGCAGCACAUCUCGCGGCUGGAGAGGAACCCGCAGAUCUCCAUGCAG